AUGACUAAAUUAACAAAGUUUGAACUACUGGAAAUGCUAAGGUCUAAGGGUGUAAUUGACAUGCUGGUUUCUAAAAUAAAGUCUAAAGAACAGUCCAAGAUUUUCUCCAGAGGUCAUGAUAGUUCCGUGAAUACAUACGAAGGUUCUAAAACAUGUGUGUCAAUCAAUAUGAGUUCCACUGCAGUAUUAGUAGUGGAGGUUCUUCAGGGGAGAGCGUUUACGAGUCACCUUCAGACAUAUGAAGACAUGGAAAUUGAGGAAUCUAAGUGCUCCGACAUCAGUUUGCAACUACAUAUCGCUUACAAGGACUGUAGAUUUUCCAGCAAAUUAUUCCAGUGCACAACGGAGCCUAUUAUCAAUCAGAUCUUUUGUUUUGAGCUUAUUUCUGGAAACCAUAGCAAGGGACGAGAUGUGACCCUUGAAAAUUUGCUGUUCGAUAAACCAGUUUCUUUUGUACAAAUCGUAAUCACAUCAAACGUAUUAUCAACUGCAAAACGAGGUUUGAUCUCAUCAACCUACUUUGACUGGCGUCCAUAUUUCAUGGGCAAUUCUAAAUGUAAAGAAGUAAACUUAAACCACUGGACUAAUAACGUAUCCAUAGAACUACAAAGUACCGAUCCAGAAUGUAAUGUACCUGCAGGUGUUCUUGAUUUACGUCUUUCUCUAAUAUGUCCUAAUGCAUCUAUCAAUACAAAUUGGUCUGAUCCAGUAAAGCAGACAUUUGAUUCAAAUGCACCUGGUAUAAUUAAUCAUCAAACUUGUAAAUUAAGACAACUAUCACCCUCACUUAUUCAAGCACAUUUUCAAUUAGAAUUAAAUCGAUCACUUGAAAGAGAAAAUACGUUCACUAAUUAUGUUCGUCAAUGGUGGCGUGAAUUAACACAAUUGCGUGAAGGAUUCUUUUCUGAACGUCUUAUUAAAAUAUUUGCAGCUGAUGAAAAUGGACGUACACAAUUUUUGUGUAACUUCGUAAAUCCACUCAGUGCAAGUCAUAUUCUUGAAACCCCAUAUAUAGCCGCACGCUUCGUUUCAAGUAUACCCUAUGAACCGUUUUACGGCGUCGGGGUUGGGAUAAAAGAACGUUGGUGUUCUGGACUGGCUUUUGUUUCUUCAAACUCUGGAGAUGUAGCAGAUCAUGCAAACCUUUUAUGCUCUCUACUAUUGGGUUAUGGAGUUGAAGCAUACGUUGCUUUGGGCACAAGUCAAUUCAAUAUGAAUAAGCAGCAAAUGACUACUUCCUCACAUUUAUAUGCAUGGGUCGUUGUUUGUUCUGACGAUUAUCAACGAAUCACAUUUUGGGAUAGUAUAACUGGUCGUCGUUAUAUUCAUACAACUGGUGGUUGCGAACAAAAAAUCUAUCCUUCUCCAUUCUAUACCAUUGGAUGUUUAUACAAUAACAGUUCAUUUUAUGCCAAUAUUCAACCAACUGAUAAAGUAGUAGACUGUCUUUUUAAUUUAAAGAAUUCAUCUCAAUGGCGUCCUAUGUCAUUUGAAGUCAUUCAAACAGUACAUAAUUACUCAAGUUUAUACCUUAGAAAAUUGAAUCCUCCCAUUCAAUCUAUAGAUGAGAUUACUGUACAAUGUCAUGAAUCCUUACGUCGUUUAGCCGAUAGUUGGCGUAUGGAAAAAUUAAGAUGUAAUAAUCAUAUUACAUGGAAAUGGGAUAAUAAACUAGAACAAUUAUUAUUACCUUUGAUUGCUAAAUAUGAAGCAGAUCAAAAAAAUUUAUCAAAUUAUGAUGAUAAUGAUAACGUUGUACAAGUACAUGAGGUAUUAGAGAAUGAUUUGAUUAUGUCACCAAUUCAUCGUCAUAUACCUAAAGAUUUUACAUUCAAAUCUUAUCCAGUCCAGCUAUUCCAUUGUAAUCCUCAAAGAAUAUUACGAAGUUGUUUACGUUCUCAAUUAUGUCGCGAUAUACUAAGCUGUCGUGGUGAUCAUGUUCAACUUGCCUUAGGUUUACGCAUUAUUACAUAUGCUGAAAAUGCAAUGAUUACAUGGGUUAUAUUUGCGUGUUCAUAUAAAUCUGUAAUAUAA